AUGGGGGAUGACGCCGGUGCUGCAGGAGGAGCUGGAGGCCCCAGGGGCCCUGGAGUUGGAGGCCAAGGGGGCUUCCAUGGUGGCUUUGGCAGUGGGAGUCGAGGUCGAGGUCGAGGUCGAGGUUGGGGCCAAGGCCGCAGGGCCCGAGGAGGAAAGGCUGAGGAUAAGGAGUGGGUUCCUGUCACCAAGCUGGGCCACCUUGUCAAGGACAUGAAGAUCAAGUCUUUGGAGGAGAUCUAUCUUUUCUCCCUUCCUAUUAAGGAAUCUGAGAUCAAAGAUUUCUUCCUGGGGUCUUCAUUGAAGGAUGAGGUUCUGAAGAUCAUGCCUGUUCAGAAACAAACUAGAGCUGGACAACGUACCAGGUUCAAGGCUUUUGUGGCCAUUGGCGACUACAAUGGCCAUGUUGGCUUGGGUGUCAAAUGCUCCAAGGAAGUAGCCACAGCUAUUCAUGGUGCUAUCAUUCUAGCCAAGCUGUCCAUUAUUCCUGUGAGACAUGGCUACUGGGGGAAUAAGAUUGGCAAGCCUCACACAGUGCCCUGCAAAGUCACUGGGCUCUGUGGAUCUGUUUUGGUGCACCUGAUCCCUGCCCCUCGAGGUACUGGCAUUGUCUCAGCUCCUGUGCCUAAGAAGAUCCUGGUGAUGGCUGGAAUUGAUGACUGCUACACUUCUGCAAAGGGCUGUACUGCCACUCUGGGCAACUUUGCUAAAGCUACUUUUGAUGCCAUCUACAAAACAUACAACUACCUAACCCCAGACCUGUGGAAGGAGACUGUGUUUACUAAGUCUCCCUGUCAGGAAUUCACUGACCAUCUUGUGAAGACUCACACUCGGGUGUCUGUCCAGAGGAUCCAGGCGGCUGCUGUGGCAAGCACAUAA